CAUGUGGGAAACAGUAAAGAAGAUAAUGUAUCUGGUAGUAGGUCUCAUAGGCCUGACACCCCAUUAAGGGCAUUAUGGAUAUACAGUAGCACACUGUAGACUAAUUAAUUCCCUUCUCAUCACACAAGGUGGUAGUGUGGCUGGCACUAUACUCAAUCUUUACCCAUUCACAGGUGAGUGGAGUGGGUGUGCAUUAAUGAACCUAAGGACAGGCAAGCACUGUAUCCACACAGCUACUACACCCUUAAUGAAGGGAAAUAGCUGGGUCAACUGAAGGCUCCCGGGUGAGACGCAUAUCUUUGAAAUGGGCAAGAGUGCUGUGUCCACUCAUCUGCUGCACCACUUCUUUAAAGGCGGAAGAAUACUGGGCACGGCGUCUUGGACAUAAGGAAGGAAGCAUGAAGGGGAAAGAGAGACUCAUGGUCCACGCUUCACCAUUUAGGAUGAUGUGGUCCCUCGUGCUCUUAUUCCUGGUUACUACUGGUGGUGUAUCAGCACAGAUCUUCAGUGAGGCGCAUGGUGAUGAAACAAGAGAUGGAUCCGGUGGACUUGGUGCUUGUCAACUAAUAUGUGGUAAAAUGGUUGAUGAAGGGGACAAAUUGGACGCUUGUUUGUAUGGCUGUAAGGGAUUUGAACGUGGGAUCAUCAGUGACAACCUAGAUCAUGGCAGUAGCAACCUAGAUGAUGGAUAUGACAUCCCAGAUUAUGAUAGUGACAGUCAAGAUUCUCCCAGACUGGUGUGUAAUUAUGGAUGUGCGCAGCAGUUCGAUUCGUCUCCAGUUGAGGAUAAAGCUUGUAGGAAAGGCUGCAAUGAAAUCCAUAGAUUAACCAAAAACAAGUCUCCUGAAACAGUAGAGGACAUGGAAACCACGAAGGGAAUUGAAGAUAUCUUCGGUAUGAACUCUUCUCUCCCAUUCAGUGGGUUAAAUCGUUCACUUGGAUUAAAGGAACAGUCCUCUGAAAAUCUCUCUUUCGCUAUUCUCGGAGAGGUUUUAAGGAAGGCUGAGGUGAGCGGUAGUGUAAAACCAGAACAGACACCUCAAUACUUAGGUACUAAGUCUGAGAGUGUAGAAAAUAAAACUAUGACCAUUGAUAUUGAUGGAACACUUGGAAAUACCUCAGCAAGUUUGAAAACUGUCACAGCAGCUGAGAAGGGAAAACAGAAAAUUCUGGGGGAGAGAGAGGUAGAAGGAAAAGAAAAUUUAACUUUUGGAUUGACAGGCACAAUACAGCGACGUGGAACCGAAGCAGUAAAAACGAAAAAGUUUCUUGGAAAAGGUAAAGACCUUGGGGAAGUAAAACCAACAGGUGAAGGUGACAAGGCCAAAAUAGUAAGGAAACCCAGAGAAAUAGAGAAGACAGUUCCAGGAAAAGAAAAGAAAGAAGCAGCAAAGACAGUUCCAGGAAAAGAAAGGGAAACUGAACCAAAGAAAGUUAAGGAAAAAAUAGUAAGGAAACCCAGAGAAAUAGAGAAGACAGUUCUAGGAAAAGAAAAGAAAGAAGCAGCAAAGACAGUUCCAGGAAAGGAAAGGGAAACUGAACCAAAGAAAGUUAAGGCCAAAAUAUUAAGGAAACCCAGAGAAAUAGAGAAGACAGUUCCAGGAAAAGAAAAGAAAGAAGCAGCAAAGACAGUUCCAGGAAAGGAAAGGGAAACUGAACCAAAGAAAGUUGUGACAAAGGAAAAACAAGUUACGGUAAAUGAAACGAAAGUUACAGUAAAGGGAAAGAAAGAUGAAGCAAAGAAGAAAGUUCCAGAAAAGGAAAAGAAAGAUGAAGAAAAGAAAGAUGAAGCAAAGAAGCCAAUUCCAGGAAAGGAAAAGAAAGCUGAAGCAGAGAAGAAAGUUCCAGGAAAGGAAAAGAAAGAGGAAGCAAAGGAGAAAGUUCCAGAAAAGGAAAAGAAAGAUGAAAAAGUUCCAGAAAAAAGAAAGAAAAGAAAGAAAGAUGAAGCAAAGGAGAAAGUUCCAGAAAAGGAAAAGAAAGAAAGAAAGAAGGAAGUUAAAGAGGAGAAAGUUCCAGAAAAGGAAAAGAAAGAUGAAGCAAAGAAGCCAAAGAAGAAAGUUCCCUGA